AUUGCUUUCCCAUGUUAGAAGGAGAGUUGCUGGCUGAUUCUUUAAGUCGGAGCUGAGGGAUGCUGUAUUACAGACGUUAAAAUGGUUAAUACAGGAGAGAUAAAUGGUUCCAGUAACCUGAUGGAUUUUCUCGAUGAGCCUAUUCCAGAUGUUGGCACAUAUGAAGAUUUCCAUACUAUUGAUUGGCUAAGGGAGAAGUCACGUGACACAGAUAGGCAUAGAAGGAUCACAAGCAAGAGCAAAGAAUCAAUAUGGGAAUUCAUCAAAGGUCUCCUAGAUGCCUGGUCAGGAUGGGUUGUUAUGCUCCUUAUUGGACUUUUGUCAGGUACUUUAGCUGGAGUGAUAGAUUUAGCGGUGGACUGGAUGAUUGAUCUGAAGGAGGGAAUCUGUCUCACUGGUUUCUGGUACAGUCAGGAACAGUGUUGCUGGACAUCGAGCGAAACAACUUUUGAUGACCGGGACACAUGCCCUCAGUGGCAGAAAUGGUCUGAGCUGAUGAUAAGUCAGUCUGAGGGUGCCAGUGCAUAUAUUUUAAAUUAUUUCCUCUACAUUAUGUGGGCAUUAACAUUUGCCUUCCUGGCAGUUUCUUUGGUGAGAGUUUUUGCACCAUACGCUUGUGGAUCUGGAAUACCUGAGAUCAAAACCAUACUCAGUGGAUUCAUAAUUAGAGGCUACCUAGGAAAAUGGACCCUGUUAAUAAAAACGGUCACAUUAGUCCUGGUGGUAUCAUCGGGGCUAAGUUUGGGGAAAGAAGGACCAUCUGUCCACGUGGCAUGCUGCUGUGGCAACUUGUUCAGCAGUCUGUUUUCCAAAUAUAGCAAGAAUGAAGGAAAAAGAAGAGAGGUACUUUCAGCGGCAGCGGCUGUUGGAGUAUCUGUUGCUUUUGGAGCUCCAAUCGGUGGCGUUCUUUUCAGUUUGGAGGAGGUGAGUUACUAUUUCCCUCUAAAAACACUAUGGCGCUCAUUUUUUGCUGCCCUAGUUGCUGCUUUUACACUACGAUCCAUUAACCCAUUUGGAAACAGCCGCCUGGUUCUCUUUUAUGUGGAAUAUCACACUCCGUGGUACAUGGCUGAGUUAUUUCCAUUCAUUCUACUCGGAGUUUUCGGUGGUCUAUGGGGGACCCUUUUCAUUCGCUGUAACAUUGCGUGGUGUAGGAGACGUAAGACCACCAAGCUUGGAAAGUAUCCUGUGCUAGAAGUCAUCGUCGUUACCGCUAUCACGGCUCUCCUGGCUUACCCAAAUCCUUAUACGCGGAGGAGCACCAGUGAGCUCAUCUCAGAGCUUUUCAAUGACUGUGGAGCACUAGAGUCUUCUCAGCUCUGUGACUACAUUAAUGAUCCCAAUAUGACAAGACCCGUAGAUGACAUUCCGGAUCGACCAGCAGGCCCGGGUGUGUAUACGGCAAUGUGGCAGCUUGCACUGGCUCUUAUUUUCAAAAUUAUCAUCACUAUAUUUACAUUUGGCAUGAAGAUCCCCUCUGGUUUGUUUAUUCCAAGUAUAGCGGUUGGAGCUAUAGCUGGGCGUAUAGUUGGAGUUGGAGUGGAACAGCUUGCCUACCACCACCAUGACUGGAUCAUCUUUAGGAGCUGGUGCAGACCAGGAGCUGACUGUGUCACGCCUGGGCUUUAUGCUAUGGUGGGAGCAGCAGCGUGUCUAGGUGGUGUCACCAGGAUGACUGUUUCUUUGGUUGUGAUCAUGUUUGAGUUGACUGGUGGUCUGGAAUACAUCGUACCACUGAUGGCAGCCGCAGUUACCAGUAAAUGGGUAGCAGAUGCAUUUGGGAAGGAAGGCAUUUAUGAAGCCCAUAUUCACUUAAACGGUUACCCGUUCCUGGAUGUGAGGGAUGAAUUCACUCACAGAACCCUGGCAACAGACGUCAUGAGGCCACGUCGAGGGGAGCCAUCGUUGUCCGUUCUGACCCAAGACAGUAUGACAGUGGAAGAUGUAGAAACUUUAAUCAAAGAAACAGAUUAUAAUGGGUUUCCUGUUGUGGUAUCCAGAGAUUCUGAGCGCCUGAUUGGCUUUGCCCAAAGAAGGGAACUCAUAAUUGCUAUAAAGAAUGCCAGACAGAGACAAGAUGGAGUGGUGAGCAAUUCAAUAAUCUAUUUCACUGAAGACCCUCCAGAGCUACCCGCCAACAGCCCGCACCCUCUGAAACUGAGACGUAUACUAAAUCUGAGCCCAUUUACGGUCACUGACCACACGCCUAUGGAGACUGUAGUGGAUAUUUUCCGAAAACUUGGACUGAGACAAUGUCUUGUAACUCGUAGCGGGAGGCUUCUGGGAAUUAUAACAAAAAAAGAUGUUUUAAGGCACAUGGCACAAAUGGCCAAUCAGGACCCCGAGUCAAUUAUGUUUAACUAGACUGGUAAAAGAAUAUUCAGAUGUGGAUAUUAUUAGAAUAUUGCCAGUGUUCCACGUUCCUCAAGAGUGGGAAGGAGCUCUCGACCACCGCUAAAGAAAGCGGAUGAAAAGUCUUCGAAAGACCUUUGUCUAUUGCAUAUCCCGACCACCAUCUGGGUACAAGUAUUUGUAUACAAGCCGUCAAAAGGAGUGGAAACAUCGAGAAUAUGAUAAGAUGAUGGGGCUUUACAAAUACAAUGACACAGUACUGCUUAAAAUAAAUAUAUUCAGCUUUUGAUCCAUACGUUGGCUACAAAUGCAUGUGUGCAAGUGGAUGUACAUUUCCUAGCUUAUUUAUUUCUUUAUUUAUUAUUAAGUUAUAUUGUAAUUAAACAAGAGAUAAUCAGAAAUAGUGAAAGUAAUGAUUUGUGUUUUAGUCACUGGGAUUUCAAUAUUCAUGCGUUGUGGCUGGAAUGAGUGAAUUUGUCAAGUUUUCUGUUGGGCAUGGAUGAAGAUGCUAUAUGUCCACAGCCUACUUUGAAAUGACAUAUAAUAUUUUUUUUUUAUUUGAUCAUGAUUCCAUUGAUGCCCUCCUAGACCUGCUGUGAUAGAGGCAGAGCCAACAUAGGGGUAAUUGGUGAUAUUGUAUAAAGUUGUCUACAGCGAAAGUUAUGUAUGUUAUGAUAUUAGUAAGCCAUGGAAUGUUUCAAACAGUGAUUCUGUGGUCGGAUCUCCGGUACACUAAAAGAAGAAA